AUGUUCUCAGCGUGGACCACACGUUCUCCAGGCGGCUCGGUCUUGCGCGACGGUCAUCCAGUGGCGGCCUGGCUGACUGAUGUUCUUGCGGAAGUAGUCCGUCCAUCUGGUCGGUGGGCGCCCGAGUGGGCGCUUGAUGUUUCUCGGAAUCCAGUGUGUUAAUCUCGUGGACCGUUCAACAAGUAUGACACUGGCUGCAUUUAUUUGAACUUGCAAGAUUGGCGCAGUGCCUGUGCGCCUAACUAUUGCUCCAGAGGUCACAGGUUCGAAUCCUCGCAAAGUGAAUUUUUUUUUGCUUUUCUUGAAAAAAAAUUUUUUUUUUCCCGAGUCAUUUAUCGAUUUUUUCUUCUCAUUUUUCACUUUUCUGAAUUUAACUCUCCAUUUUCGAAAGGAAAUAACAGAAUUCCGUGCGAUUUAGCAAAUAAAAGUGGAAAUUUUCGACUUUUCUAACAUUUUUACACUAAAUUUUGCAACCGGUGAUUGACUUUUUGAACACAAAAAAUAAGAAAACGAAAUAUCUACACAAAAUACUUCUAGAAUCAUCAUGAAAAGUCUACCGAAGCUUACGGUUAACUGGUUAGCUCGCAGGCAUAGCGCAACGCAAUUGUCUUCGACUAUCGUUGAAAGGGUCACUGGUUCGGAUCCCUUCAACGUAAAUUAAUUUUUGCUGUUGAUAGGAAGAAAUAUUUCCAUUCGAUUCUUUUUAUAUCAUCUUUGAAAAGAGUCGCAAAAUUCAAAAAAUCGAUUUUAGUGCGAUUUUCUUGAUUUUCACAGUAGAAACCGGACAAACCCUAUCAUUUUUUCUUUCAUUUUUCAUCUUUCUCCGAACAAAAAUUUUUUUAAUUUAGAAAGAUUUCAGUCAUCUACUAUGUAAUCUUUGCCUUAAGAAAAAAAUUCCCUGAAAUAAUUUUUUUGUCAAAAUUCGAACUCUUUUCGGAACUUUUUUUAAAAAGUUCUAGCGUUUUUUAAGCCAAAAAUUUUUUUGCUUCCCACCAUAAUUUCCUUAUCAUUUUUUUAAAAAUAAGAGAUCACAGAUUCUUGGAAGAGAUGUUUGAAAACAAUAAUUUCAGAAAAUGGCCGCAAAUUUGCGGUUCCACUUGUUUUUGACAUCGAAAAGUGUUUUUGGGGGAAAAUCUGAUUCAUUUACUUUUUUUUCCUGCUUUUUUGAGGCCAUUACGCAAGCUUAGAAGGGAAUAUUUUCAUAUGGAAGUAUGAAUGUUUAGGAAAUUUUCCCAUGCUUGAGUUUUCCUUCCAAUAAACGUGUGAAAAAAACCAUUUUUUAUAUUCAAAUGCUUCUAAAUCCUUCGAAAUUGUACAAGUUUAGCUUUCAUAUUCUAUUUUUUUUUGAACUCUUAUCCAUCCAACUUUUUUUAUUUUAUUUUAUAGUGCUCUCAAAAUAAAAAGUUUACCACUGAAAAAAAGGUUCAAAUCGUUCAAAAUUAGGUUUUUUUGCCAAUUAAAAAUUCUGGUAUAAGGAAAAAAAUUAUUUUUUUGAUUCAACUAUUUAAUAUUAUUAUAUUUGUUAAUAUCGAUAAUUAUUUAUUUACGGGUACCUAGAAACCUCACCGAUUGAAAAAUGAAACCGAAACUGACCAAAACUGAUCUUUUUAAAAGUGUUCGCACUCUAAAAGCGUACGUCAUUCGCAAAAAUGUAUCAACGUCAAGUGACAUCAAAGUACAAAAAUUGGGCUCAGAAGUAUCAUUCGUCAAGUGACUUCAGAAACACGGAUAUAUCAUCGUCACGGCCGCCCGCGCCGCGACGGCAAUUUCUCCCCCUGUUUGCUUGCCCCCGACCUUGAGCGGCUUGCGUCGCUGCCUAUCAUUAAGCGUUCCCUUGCACCUUGAACUUCUUUCCCGAGGCUAUUUUUUCGAUCUUUGAUUCAAAUUUGGCUGCUAAGUCGUUACUAAUGUUCAAUAACAUGUAAUUUACUUUAAAAUUGCAGGUUUUGAAAAACUUUCGAAGACUUUACUUCGGAAAAUGUCCGAAUUUCGAUCGUUUCCAAAAGGUUUGACUUUAAAUUUAGCUCUUUUUUGGAUAAUAUUUUUUCUCAGGAGUUUUCUACCAUGUUUCGGAUACCCUAGACAUCUGGAUACCUUUCUCUUUCUACCGAAAAGGUCCCGCAAAUAUUUCCUAUUCAAUUUAUUUAUUUUUCCACGUUGUCACUGUCGCGAUUUCUGCUGUCAUAGUGGUAAGUUUUUCAACGCUGUAAAUCAAAAAAAGGAAAAAUUACAGGUUUCAACGAUUUCGAUAGCUUGCAAGUACCGAGUUUAUCAUAUAAAUAUGAUAAUUCUCUAUAUAUUUUUUUCGGUUCAUUGGUUCGAGGUUUUAUUGUCAAAAAUUGUUAUUUUUUUGCCUUAUUUGGAGGGUUGGAUACCAAUUCCUGGUCAGUUUUUGGAUGGAAUAGAGCAUAGAAAUCCUAUCUGGGAAAAUUUUUAGCGGCCACUAUAGGGUUUUGAAGUUUUAGUGGCAACUGUAGUAGUCAUAUUAGUUGCCACUUAAGCGGUUAAAAGUUAGUGGCCACUAUGGGGGUCAAUGGAUCAAAAUAACUGGUCCAAUAUUUUUGUUUUGAAAUUAUCAGAGUUACUGGAAGGAAUACUGGAUGAAAAACUACUGAAGUGGCCACUCAGGGGGAGCAAGGGCUUCAAGGUUGCCCCUAUAGGGACCACUCUGGAGUUCCUUAUUGAAGCAUACAAAUUUAAUGUUCCAGGGGCUCCAUUCAUUUUAACCUUCAAGUUUUUUUUUGUCGAUAUCGACUUUUUCCACAGAUCUCGAAGCUUCAUCCUCAACUCCUCGCCUUACUGGACUCCACUACUUACCUCUAAUCAUCGGAGGCUUCCUCCGAAGUCGAUUCGCCGUCCUCAUCACUCUGAGCAUGCCCUCGAUGGUUCUGGAACGAUUCCUGGCCACGAAAUACGUCGGAAACUACGAUCACGUCGCCCGCAAGUACAUUCCAACUGCAAUUAUCGUUUUCGUCGAACUUUUCUCGAUUUUUUCGGCUCUCGCAGCGAUUUUUAGUGAUUUUGGAAGUCUGGCGAUUCUUAUAUUUUCAUUUUUCGUCAACUCCUCGGCACUUUUGGUGAGUUCCAAGUAG